ACAAAAUUGGCCCUCACAAAAUCUGGGCCUGGGGCGAGGCAGAGCAUUUGGGUACGAACGAAUAUACGAUCCUCAAUUGACGUCUCCAGGAGCUCCAAUUUGAAUCUGAUUAAGUCCCUUUGGGAUCAGGAUCAGACAUGGCUUUUCUUGUAACAUCCGUAAUAUUCGCUGUGGUCGGCAUCAUUGCUUCGAUUUUCACUAGAAUCUGUUUCAACCAAGGCCCCUCCACCAAUCUGCUACAUUUUACCUUGGUCAUUACAGCCACGGUCUGCUGUUGGAUGAUGUGGGCAAUCGUUUACAUUGCGCAGAUGAAGCCUCUCAUUGUCCCAAUCCUAAGCGAGGUGGAGUAGACACCCAUCUCUGCUCAAACAAGAACCUCCAUCUCCUCAAACUAGAGUGACUUACUCUUUCGGUGUAUCUUCCUUAAACUUAUCGGUUUCCCCUUUUGUAAUUCGGUGUGGAACAAACAAUACAUUUCCCCUUCUGUUAAAUCUUGUUUCUCAUUCAUUUUUUAAACAUUCUUCAUUGUACUCAAAAAAGUCAUGCCAGCGGGA